UCGCAGGUCACGGGACUGGACCUCAUGCUGCAGGCUCAGGGCAGCUGUCUGCUGUUUCCUCUCAUCUCUAGCUGGUAUCGGGACAAUUGCUGCCACGUUUGUUUCUUGUUCAGGACCCGUUUUAAAGAAGGGAUGGCAUACUUCUUCUGAGGGCAGGGGAAGAUUUCUUCUCAACAUGUAUUCAGAAAACAUUUAUGUUAACACAAACUUCAAAAAUAAAUUCGAUUCCUCAGACCUCAAUGCAGACUCUCCUCCAGCUCCUCAAAAGAAGACCACGACUCAUGAAAGCUGUCACAGAUUCUCCAAGAUCCUCCUCACCUCAUUCACAGUCUAUUUCCUGCUGUUGACAACCUUAUUCUCUGUUGCUCUGAUCACUUUGUUUAAAAAAUAUUCUCAGCUUCUUGAUGAAAAAGCCAUCAUAAAAGAACUGAAUUACACAGAAUUAGAGUGUACAAAACAGCAUUCAUUCUUGAAAGACAAAGUCUGGAGCUGUUGCCCAAAGGAUUGGAAGCCAUUUAAUUCCCACUGCUACUUCACUUCCACUGACUCAGCAUCUUGGAGAGAGAGUGAGGAGAAGUGCUCCAGCAUGGGUGCUCAUCUGAUGGUGGUCCACAGCCAGGAAGAGCAGGCUUUCAUUACCAAGAUCCUGGAUCCUAAAGCUGCUUAUUAUAUUGGGCUUUCGGAUCCAGGUCACCGACAGUGGCGAUGGGUUGAUCAGACACCAUACAAUGAAAGUGCCACGUUCUGGCACCCAGGUGAGCCCAGCAGCGACAACGAACAAUGUGUUAUAGUAAGUCAUCCAUAUUCUAGUUGGCGCUGGAAUGACGUCCUUUGCAGUGGUAAACAGAAGUCAGUUUGUCAGAUGAACAAAAUAUACCUAUGAA